CUGCUCAUUUUGUGGGCCUUGAUUGCGUCACACACUUACUAAAUCCUCAUCACGGCGCCAUUUCAGAAUUCAUUCAUUGGCAGUGGCGGCCAAAUUCGUAUUUCAGGAAUAAAAACAUUGGGAUUUGAAAAUGGUGAAAAUCUUCAUAGGCAAUCUUGCCUCAAGCACCACGGAGGAGGAGCUACGCACUCUCUUCUCCCAGUAUGGCAAGAUCUCAGAAUGCGACAUAGUCAAAAACUUCGGCUUUGUGCAUAUGAACGACAAAGCUGAAGCAGAGGAGGCCAUUAAAAAACUCCACCAUUACGAGCUCAACGGGGAGCAAAUGAACGUGGAGAUGAGCCGUGGACGACCAAAGUCCACCACCAAGCUGCAUGUCAGCAACAUCCCAGAGGGUUGCACCAAUGAGGAGCUGAAGGCCAAGUUUGAGGAGUUUGGCCCGGUGGUGGAGGCCGACAUAGUGAAGGACUAUGCAUUUGUUCACAUGGAGUCUGUGGAAGACGCCAUGGAGGCCAUCAGUAGGCUGGACAACACCGCCUUCCAAGGCAAGCUGAUGAGCGUACAGCUGUCCACCAGUCGCCUGCGCACGGUCCCCGGAAUGGGAGCCCAAACUGGCUGCUACGUCUGCGGAAAACAGGGCCACUGGUCGAAAGACUGCCCGAAUGGCGGUCAGAACGGCGGUAGCUACGGAGACCGUCUCGGCGGCGGCCCGAUGAGGGGCCGGGGCGGCGGCAGGGGCUACCCUCGGGGUCCCCCGGGUUUCGGCAGGGGAGGCUAUGGCAUGCCCCCCACACCUGAUUACAUGGGCGGGCUGGGUUACGGCAGAAUGCCCGGUUACAUGGGGGGGCUGCCGCCGACCCAUAGGCCAGGCUACGGCUCUGCUCGUGAAUACAGCGGCGACGCCAGGGAUCGGUACACCGGCAGGCUCCCAGGUUCCUAUCCCGAGCGGGUGUCUGCCUACGAGCGCUACGCCAGUGGCGUUGACUAUUACGAGAGGUACCGAGCACGGCCGUACGGCUCGAGCUAUUUUGAAGAGCGCCGCCUCGGCUACAUCCCCCCUCCCCCUCCCCCCUCUUCCUCCCUCUCAAGGAUCCCCUCGACGGUCGACCCGUACGAACGUCGCUCGCUACCAUCAGCCACGGCGGCCGCCGCCACUUACCUCUCGCGAGACCGCAGCCCGAUCAGGCGAGUGCCCGACGGCUACAGUUACGAACGCUCGCGGCUGUCUCCGGUGUCGUCCGCCAAAAGCACCUCGUACGCCGUCCCGCGGGCCAAGGACCCCUACACCGAUCGGCCACACUAUGAUUACUGAGUCGCACACUUGCCAAGGUGUGUAUGAACCGCCAGACUUUUCCUUUGCUACCGCGCCUCCCGGCUGCACGGGUCCACCGAGCGGUGUUGCAAAACAAACCUUUUCGCGGCGCGGAACGUGACAGCGCGAGAGUGACGUGGACGGAAAUUGGUGUGCGUCUCCCUGGCAUCCGCGUUGUCAGCCGUCGGCAGAUGAAUCGUCCUCUCAACUAACUAACCAAUCAGUCUACACAAGUUCACAUACUUCCUUUAUUUCACAGUUAUCAGCUAGACUGCUAUCUAAAACCACAUGUUGUGGUGUUCAUACAGUGAUGUUAAUACUAGCUUAACUAUACCGGUUUUCCACUCGCUUUACUAGUUUGUGUGUGUGUGUGUGUGUGUGUGUGUUUUGUGAGUCACGAUUUUGAUUUGAUUUUAAACCUGUGUUGAUUUUUUUUUGCUCCGCUCCACCCUUGCAAAGAAUCACUUGGAGGCGAAUUGGGCUUUAAAUUCGGCCGAGAAAUACAAAUUUGAUGGAUUUAAGGUGACUAUAGUUUAGUUUGAAAAGGGAAAACGUCUUCAGCCAGGCAUGAAUGAAUCUGUUCAUGCCAUGUACAGCUCAGUUGUUAUGAAUAGACUGGCAAGAAUGUUCCCCAAAACAAUGUCUCUGAAAUUCAGGGGUUGAUUUUCAGAUCGAUACCUUAUGUUGAUAUACAUGUUUAUUAUUUUUUUUGGAGGGGGGGGGGCAUUGUGCUUGGCGCUUGUGGAGGAAAUCCUUUUGUGUCAUACGGAUGUAUAUUUCAGAGUUGUCACCGUGACAUCAUCCCAAAACAAACAUUCCAGCUUAUAAUAUUUUACAGAAUUAUCUGAUGCAUAUUCGCAGGGUUGGAAACACAAACUCUUAAUACGUUGACUUGCUCAUUCAGUGGUGUCUUUUUCUCCUAACCGAAAAAGAGGUAGUUUUUAGCCCUUUAAACAGUGUUCAUGCGUCAUGAACUUCUAAUGUGACUUUUUGCAUAAUUAGGAGGCCAAAGUGAUUUACACAAAUCCUGGAUGAUCAUAUCAAUAUCUAAAAUACUCAAAUUUCACCUCUAUUGGAUGUUUCUCUAUACAGUGAAUGAUAAAUACAGAUAAUAACAUGACCGUAGCUGGUGUUUCUCAGGGCUGUGACGUCGCCAUUAAGAUAAAACGGGGCUCUUGAUUAAUCACUUUCUAUGAAUGCCUUUGUCUGCUCGGUUCUUCUGGGAAUUGUUGUAGUUUGUAUAUUUACGAGAGUAAAAGCGUGUACGUUUUAUGCAUUUUAUUUUUUAAUAAACCAACAAUUAUUUUGGUGAGAA